CACACACACACACGCACGCACACUCUCACACACACACAUUUCGCAUUUGACGUCUCUGAAAGUCAUCUCACACCUGGCUGCAACAAAGCUAAAGAAGCAUCUCAAGAACAUUUGGAUUUGUGCAGCAUGUCCAGAUAGCGCCUCUCCCGCGCGUCGGUCGGUGGGCAGCGCGAGGCGUGUCUGCGGCGCUUUUCUCCUCACCACUCCCAUUUAGCCUACCGGGCGGCUGAACUGCAAAACAGCGCGCACGCAGCUCAAUAGACGUCUGGAGGAGAGGAAAGAAACGCUUCUCUCAUCGGAGAGUCUCUCAACACCCGGCGGACGGGAAUAAUUCAUCGGGGUUGCGUAUGACUUGGGAUAAUGUUUGGAUAUACUGGUGCACAGGCGAGGACUUCCAGUGAUCGCUUGGAUUAGGUGACUUUUAUCCUUUUGUGCAGAACAACUACGUUUGCGUGCAUAUGGCAGCGCCGUUUCAGUGGUUCAGUGUGAUGUGGAUACUUGUCAAGGACAUCGUGCGUAAUAAAUGAACCGUUCCGGAGAACGACGGCGAUGCAUCAGAGCUCUGGAAAACACUCUCGUAGCGCUACUGUGAUCGCGCGGUGGACGAUGAUCUUCGGCUGUUAACUCGUCUGAGAGUUCCGUCGGCUGUAGGAUCCCUCGGACCCGUCUGAAGAGCAAAGUUAAGCCCGAGAUCGAAAAACAAGGCUUUGAUCUGACCCCGCUUUCUCCUUCCCCUGGUUCCUCAAAGAGCCGUUUCCGGAUCUCCGCUCUCCUCGUGAGCAUAAGGAGUUUGCCGGAGAACAGCGAGCUCCCUCGCUCCCAGUGCUCUCGCGUCAGACUCCGCAGACUACCAUCAAAGGCUUGUGAUGAAUAAUCAGACAAAGUUACAGUGGAGAGGUACAUUCAAGACAGAUUGGUGUAUCGUAGCCAAUGACUCAAUGACUGCCGUGGAGCUCCUGUAUCUGGCUCAGUAGCGUGGAGUCGUCACACCCUGAAGAGAGGAGAAAAUGGACAGACUGAAGGACUUGAGAAUGCUGGGUCGGCCUCUCAGAAGGAGCGCACCCAUGGAGCAACUGCUGCUGUGCCUGGCUCUGUUCUACAUGCCGUCCUACGCCAUGCUGUGCCCCAAACGCUGCACCUGCCAAAACCUGCUGCCCUCGUACACCGUGCUGUGCGCCAAAACCGGCCUGCUCUUCGUGCCGCCUAAUAUUGACCGGCAGACCGCCGAGCUGCGACUGAUGGACAACUUCAUCACCACGCUGCGCCACCAAGACUUCGCUAACAUGAGCAGCCUCAUACACCUCACGCUCUCCCGCAACACCAUCAGCCAGAUCCGACCGUACGCCUUCUCUGACCUGCAGGAUCUGCACGCGCUGCAUCUGGACGCCAACCGGCUCACGGUUCUGGAUGACACACACCUGCAGGGGCUGGUCAAUCUGCGCCACCUUAUCCUCGCCAGCAACCAGCUUCACAGCAUCUCCGACGGAGCCUUCCAAGACUUCCUAGAAACUCUUGAGGACCUCGACCUUUCUUAUAACAAUCUGGUGGACUUGCCGUGGGACACUAUAGCCAUGCUAGCCAGCGUCAACACCCUCAGUUUGGACCACAAUCUCAUCGAGUUUGUUCCCGAAGGGAUAUUUUCCAAUCUUCAUAAACUCGCCCGACUUGAUAUGACAUCCAAUAAGCUGAAGAAGAUACCCCCAGAUCCUCUGUUCCUAAGAAUCCCAGUCUAUGCCAAAAUGAAAGGCUCACCACUGACCUCAUUGGUGCUCAGUUUCGGCGGGAACCCAUUGCAUUGCAAUUGCGAGCUGGUUUGGUUGCGCCGCCUAACUCGGGAGGACGAUCUGGAGACGUGCGCGUCCCCGCGAGAUUUGGCUGGCAAGUACUUCUGGACGAUUCGUGAGGAAGAAUUCGUCUGCGAGCCGCCUAUGAUCACCCGGCACACUUCCAAGAUGUUCGUAAUGGAGGGUCAAGAGGUUAGUUUGCGAUGCCGUUCUGUGGGAGACCCCGAGCCGACCGUCCACUGGGUCAGUCCGGACGGGAAGCUAAUCGGAAACACCUCACGUACCGUAUGCUACGAGAACGGCUCUUUGGAUAUCUUAACAGCCACGGUGAAGGACUCUGGCGUGUUCACCUGCAUAGCCUCGAAUGCGGCCGGCGAAGCCACAGCUCCUGUGGAAUUAGUCGUGAACCCUUCGCCACAUUACGACCCCAAACUAGAGCCGGAGCCAGGACCUUCAGACAUGCCGACUUCUAUAAAGUCCAACAGCAGUGGUAGCGGCGGCCAGCCUCGUGCUGAUCAGCGGGUCAGCGUCUCGGAAAUAACCUCAAGCUCUGCGAUGAUCCGCUGGCCUCCGCAAAGCCAAAUCCCUGGAGUUCGCAUGUACCAGAUCCAGUACAACAGCUCCACCGAUGACAUCCUCAUAUACAGAAUGAUUCCCGCCUCCCAUAAGUUGUUUCUACUGAGCGAUCUGGCCUCGUCGCGAGACUACGAGCUCUGCGUCCUGGCCGUCUACGAUGAUGGCAUCACAGCUCUGACCGCGACACGGCUGGUGGGCUGUGUGUCCUUCUCCACGGAGCGCGAGUUUCGUCACUGCCGCUCCAUCCACGACCAGUUCCUCGGCGGCACCAUGAUCAUCGUCAUCGGCGGGAUCAUCGUGGCAUCGGUCCUCGUCUUCAUCUUCAUCCUGCUGAUGAAGUACAAGCUUCACAGCCAGCACUACAAGCAGAAGGCAGCUCGCGUCAGUAACGUUUGUUCUCAGACCAACGGUGGCCAGCAGGGGGCAGCAUCGGGUCCUCCGCCGCGCUCGUCCUCGUCCUCGGGAUCCUCCAGCAAGCCUUCUGUCCCGCUCGGGUCGGACAGACAAGAAGGGUCCCACGGCCUGGAGGGGGGUUACGGAGCACUUAAAGGGACCACGGUGGUGGACUUGAACCCGGAAUACGGGAAAUCAUUCAAAGAGGACGACUCCAUAUCGCAAUAACACAGGGUUCGAACCCGCCUCCCUUCCCAUUCUCUCCACACUUCAACCCAUUCUGUUUCUUUUCUGUUCCUGCGGCCUUACCAAGGGUUUUCUCCUGUCUGAGGCAAACUCACAAUCUGGAAGCCAAAUGCAGAACGUCAAAUUAAAUGGGACUGGAUCCAAUCUAUUAGUAGGACAAGCCGCGGUCAGAAGGCAAACACAACAGACUCCCCGUGUUCAAUUCUUUAUGCAAAACUCUCCCCAGACCGUGGACAUCAUGUGCCUCUUCGGUGCAUAUGAGCAAUGUUUUCUAUUUUAAACCAGAGGUCAUUUCCCCGAGAGACGAGUAGCAUUAAACCACUCAAUGGGAAGAGAGAGGGAAAGGCUCUCUGGAUGUUGUUUGUGGGAAAUACUAUGACAAAAUAUCCGUGUUAAACAGAUGAAGCAGUGCCAAAGGACUGAACCCUGUGGAUGUAACGCUCUCCCGAAGGCCUGUGCGGAUACAGACUUAUCAAAGUUCGAUCAAACAUUGACAGCUCAGUAUCGAGUUAAGAUUUGUGGACCUUCUGGAGCACUUCAUUAUGGAUUCCUCUGUAUGCUAAUGACUCGCUCUCUCUCUCUUCAUUGGGAGACGAACGCAUGGAUCGAUCUUCAGCUGAUUAACAAACAUGGCGAGUGUGUUCUUGGGAUCUGGAGAUUAGGUCAAACAGGAGAGAACAUUGAUUAUCACCACACACUAAAACUUUCCCCAUCUCCCGUAUCAGCAAGGACUGAGGGUGAGGCGCUCUUGAGAACUCUGUGUCUGACAGCAGACUGUGUGAAAGCAGCGCAGGCCGUGCUAAAUACUCUUCGACAGACGGCCCGCUGAAAUAAAUACUGUUCUUUUUUUUCCUCUAAUUGACUGUGGACGUAUUUGUAUGUGAGGUACACCUUCAGCCAUCUCUGAUUCUAAUCAUUUGAUUUCAAGCAGAAAAUAAUAAUUAAAAAUAAAAAAAAUAUAUGGGAUGGAAUUUUAUGCUUUCAUAGGUACUCUAUGUGGAUUUAUAAAGAAAUAAAGUAUUUUUCUUCAA